AUGGUUCAGCAGAAUGGAGGCGACUGCUCCAUUGAUCUAGUAAGUGUAGGUUUUCCCUCUGGAGUUCUACUUUGCCCUCUAUCCUCUAUAAACACUAGACUAUAUUAAGGCAGCCUCUCUGCCGGUAGGCAUGGGUACCAGUCUUUUUAGCUAACAUUCCACUCCUUGCCACUCCUGUCAUUUGCCAAAGAUCUUUAUACAAGUUUUCGGCAAAUGACAGGAGUGGCAAGGUGUGGAAUGUUAGCUAAAAAGACUGGUACCCAGAUUAGUCUGCCAGGGCUUAACACAAUGGAACCUGAGCUUUGGCACUAUCAGAGGCAUCAUGCCCAUUGAAGCUGUGAAGAGACACACUUCACACAAACUGUGAAGAGACAGGCACACACACAGCAUUUGCAAACACAUGCUAACACACGCACCUUACACACACAUACAUUUAUUGUUCUUUUCCUGUGUUAUUCAUUUUGUAUUGUAGAUAUGUUAUGGUAGAGUAGUAAUAAUGUGUUGUGCUAUGUAUUGUUUUAUUGUAUGUAGUUGUGAUUGGACCCCAGGAAGAGUAGCUGCUACCUUGGAAACAGCUAAUGGGGAUCCGGAAUAAAUACAAAUACAAAACUGAAGAGGCCCCACAAGUUUAAUGAGCAAAAUUAUUAUAAAAAAAGUAAAACAUUAUUGGACAUAGAAGACUGUAAAAUCACAAGCAAACCAGCUCCAAGUGAUUUUAAUUUUGGAAAUCUGUUCCAAAGUAUUCCCACGCAUAAUAGAUAUAUGUGAUCGUAUACAAAUGUAACCAAGGUUUGAAAUGAUUAUGAUUUAGACAAAUAUUAUAUCUGUUUGGGCUUCUUGCGGUCAAUUUGCAGUCUACAAAUUAUUAGUAAUUAUGUUCCGGCCCCCUGACCACACGCUCAAGAAAAAAUUGGCCCGCGGCUGAACUAAUUGAUGAUCCCUGCUCUACUACCUCUCAUAUUAGUUAUGGGAAAUUCAAGCUCAUCUGCUUCUUAUGAUUGUGUUUUUAAUAACUGUAAAAACCAUUCUCUGAACCAGUCUUGAUUGUGUUGAUUAUGUGAUGUGCCUUUUAACAGUCUGAUCAGUGUGAAGGAAGCUGCUGCUCUCAGCAUGUUGUGUUUGUGUGCAUGUGUGGUGUAUCGGGUUGGAUACUGCGUCUUACAGAAAUGUCUGUGCAAAAUGAUACAUAUUCUGUUUUAUUCUAUGCUGCCCAUUCUGAAUAACACAGAGUCAGACUGUCUGAUGGGUAUCUGGCAAGCAUAUGCUCUCUCCUCUACUUUCCUGAGCCCCAGCCUGAUUGCGGCUGUCAGUGGUGAACCCAAUCAAACCGAGUCAAAGUGUCCCGCUGUCUGUUAUCGUCACAGCAGGAGGAGAAGAGCCAGGCAGGCUGCUUUAGUAGGAACCAGCCUUGGCUUCCCUAUUCUCAGUGGUACCACUUGGCUGUGUGAAUCACCUACUCAAGGACUCUUAAACUCAGCCAAUGAAUGCAGAGUCAUGAAGCAUUGUCUUUUAAUUGAUGCUGUUCUUGGCUUUCAAGAAGCACUUGAAUUCAGUGUAGGAGUUGAGAUAUAUAUCUUUUUACUGUUGUGGUGGAUGUAGUCUGCUCAGUGAGUAAGUCAUGAAUCAAUUGAUUCUCAGGAAAUGACUUUUUUUGUUGGGAAAUUGACUAUCGAAGGUGUCGUAACAAAUGUGAAAAUUAAGUAUUUUAAUUUGUUUUGAAAAUGCUGUGGAGAGGAAACAUCACAUGUGGUGAGCCUAUUUUAUAAAUACUGUAUGUCUGUCAUUAACUGUGGAGAAUCACCAACCUGUUUGACUCGUUUGCAAUGUUGCCAUACAAUCCAUGUCCUUUUUCAUUACCCUUAUGAAAUUAUGUGGAGUCAGGACUUGUUAGGACAGGAUUAGCUGAAAUGUUGAGGUGAGAACAUUGUUAGGUGGACAACACUAUGAUGCUACGUAUUCACCCAGGGCUUCAGUGCUGUCGUGUGAAGUGUCAUGUGGCUCAGUGCCUGGCCCGAAGACAGUAGAGAAGAGCCACAUUAUAAGGAGCUCUGUUUGUUUGUCUUUCAUCUUCAAAUCAGCUCUGUGUGUGUGUGUGUGUGUGUGUGUGACAGACACCCAUGCAUCAUCCUUUUACUUAUUUUAUUACACUUCAAGAUAAUGAUGAACUAAGCUUUCUGUGGUAAACAUGAAUACAGCCACAUAAAUAAAUAGAAGACCAUUAUAACACAUCUGGUGGAAUCAUCUGGGGAGAUCACAGGUUUUAGGUUAACCAGGCUCCUUUGGUCAGGAGUUCAUAUUCGUAUUCGAUGUGGUCGUUUUAGAUAGUGGUUGGAAUCUUUUGUACCCCUAAUUCCCUGUGUCUUUACAUUGUUAUUCUGUGGGGCUACGCUUGGUCUAUUCCACCUGCCCCUCAUAACACUGUCACCGUAUGUGUCCUUACAACCCUACUCAGAAUCCUCCCUUUGUCUCCUAGACCAACAUGUCUCACAUCCUAUUCUGGAUGAAUGAGCUCUGUCAUCUCUGCCCCCUAGCCUCCUCACCCCUCCCAGAGGCAGCCAAUGACCCUUUACCUCUAGAGCCCAGCCAGACUGGCUCCUGGAAGUCCUUAGCCCCGAUGCAACUUGAGUGGACUGAAAUAUCUAGGCUUUCCAUGACUGAAAACAACAAGGAGGCAAAGGGAAGCAUUCAUGAUCUGAGUACUGUAGCAAUUCUGUGGAUCAGCAGAAAUCCUGUGGAUAACAGAGUUAAGGUUUCAAUUCAGGAAGUAAACUGUACAGGGUUGAGGUCUAUGCCUUUAAAAUCAGGACAUAAACUGAAUGACCCAUGAGGAACAUUUGAAUUGGAAUUUAAGUUUACUUCCUGAAUUGAAAUGGAAUUGAUCCCAUCCCUGUACUUCCCAUUGAUAUUCCAGUCAGGAUGUAAAUGUGGGAAUGCUGUGCUGUAAUCCUUGGCUAUUCUCAGUCAGUGAAUGGAAUUAGGAGAGAGCCAGCUGCGUUUGAAACACCACUAGGGAAACUGGGAUGAGCCAGUGGAAUGUAUGUCAGUGCUCUGCUCAUUGGCUCUGUUUCAUCACCUCAUUACAUAAGACCAAAGCACUUGAGUUAUGUCAGAGCUGUUACAACUGACAAAUGGGGACAUUAUGGUAAUAUCACCUUAUAUCACUGGAACCACCAUAAAUAGGCCUCCAUAGUAUAAUGAGAUGUUUCCUGACUGACUGAUGCAACGGUGGUCAAUAAGUAAUAAUCUGAGUCCCAAAUUGCACCCUAUUCCCUAUAUAGUGCACUACUUUUAAACAGGGCCCAUAGUGUAGGGCACUUUAUACUGUAGGUAAUAUAGUGCCAUUUAGGACACUGUCAUAGGCCUAGUUCAUUUUCACUACAUGAUCAGGGACAGGGGGCUAGUUAAAGGAAUAACCCAACAACAUCUUAUCCCCUUCAGCUUUCACACAGUCCCCGGUUCUCUUUCCACCUGGUUAAGUAAGCGCUUCACUCUCCUGUCCUUCCGUGCUAGUUCCUUUCAGGGGAAUAGCAUCUCCUGUCCUUCCGUGCUAGUUCCUUUCAGGGGAAUAGCAGCGUGUCUUUGUCUCCAACACAGUCCUCACUGCUGCAGAAAUCAUGAGUUGAGCUACCCAGCUAGAAAGGAUGUGCACUGCAGACCCGUGGUGAGACAUGAGCUAAAACUUUAAUGCGAUCCAAUUUGUUUAGUAGUCAGUGUUUAGUUUGGGUCAAGCAUCAUUCAAGGUAAUUUUCCUCUCUCCGAGAACUAGUGCUGGAACAUGUAAAGGCUACAGGCAGUGUCUGCUUUGUGAAAUUAUAGGAGUGAAACAGUUACAAAAACAGAACAUCCUGUUCAAACAAGACAAUUUAAAACUGAUUGAACAGUACAGUGUGUAAAACCCUACAAUUAUACUUCAAUACAGAAAAAGGAGACGCCAUACUGUACUGUACAGUGCACAUACAGAAUGCUCCAUAAUGUGAAUUCAUAAACCAGUGAAUUCUAAAUAAACACAGUUCAAGUCAGAUUUCCCAUUCAAACAGAAUACAGAAUGAUGUUUGUGUCCUCCCUGGGUCUGUGAGUGACACAUGGUGGAAGUUAUUCAUCUGUGGGUCUAUAUGGUUCAGUAUGGGGAUCAGAGUGUCAUGUAGGCAUUAUAAAGGAAUUAUAAAGGCACCAGCUGUGGUCUGGCCUUAUCUAGUACAGCCCGGGGUCACGCUAGGGACAUGAACCUGAUGACUUUCUAGCCCUAUUCUUUGGUUCACACACACACAUUUUGACCACAACGUAGUAUGAUCAAUAGCAUAGUAUGGUCAGUUAAGACUCAGACACACCAAUAGCAUUUGCCGGCCGAGAGUACUUAGCAGUUUGAGGGCAGAGAGUACUUAGCAAUUUGAGGGCAGAGAGUACUUAGCAAUUUGCAAACUGAGUGCGAACCGAAACACAGCGUGCCAAAUGAUCGUCAGACCAACAGCAGAUCAACGUUUGGUGCGAUGUGAGUGGUCUUUUAGGUCAUACAGAGUUUGAAUAUUUCUGAAGACUGACUUUGUUGUUUCUCUGUUCAUUUACAUGCCCUCAUUAAUAAUUGAUUUCCAUCUCUUGAGUGGUCAGUCAGUCAGCAAGACUAUACAUCUGCUAAGUUUCGAUUGUAAUGGUGUGUAUGGUAAUACAUACUAAUGCUGAAUACUAUACAUGAUAGUUAGCCUUAAAGGUCCAAUGCAGCUGUUUUUUAUCUCAAUAUCAAAUCAUUUAUGGGUAACAAUAAAGUACCUUACUGUGAUUGUUUUAAAUAAAAAUGGUCAAAAAGAAACUCAAAUAGCUUCUGAAAAGAAUUUUGCUAGGACUGUCUAGGAGUGGUCUGAGUGGGGAGGGGAAACUUAAAACUCGAUGUUAUUGGCAGGGAGGUUUGGAACUAACUAAUUUACCGCCUGGUGUUGUCACCAGGCAGGCCAAAACUCCAUCCCACCAAAACAGCCUGAAAUGUCAUGCAGUCUUUUCAAACAGCUCUUAGACUAAAAGGGAAUUUCACAGUAUUAUCCCAACCUCAUAGUGUCUAAAUAAAUAUAAAACACAGGAAAAUCUAGUUUUUGACUGCACUGGGCCUUUAAAUAUCGCCCUUUAAACAUAUAACAGACCAGCUCAGAAAGGCCUACACUGGGCUUAUUAUUUCGUUUUGGAUCUCAAUGUUAUCUUGUUUAUCACAUAAUCAAACAGUCCUAUUAAAAGGAUUGGUAUUAAUUUGCUGUAAUUUCUCUCUAUUUCCUGGACCCAGAAUAAGAAAAUCCCUGAUGCAUUGAGCCAUUGAGAAACCAAGGUGGCCUUGACAGAGAGUGACGUUUGAUCUAUCAUCCCACUGUUGGAGCCAGUCGCUAAAUGAGUUGUAUUAAGGAUAGUGUGGCUCCAGGAAAGCCUACACAGAGUGAUGGCUCUGACAUGCCAAACAGGAACUCUGGAUAGCAGUGUUUUCUAUCCCACCUGUGGCCUUGCAUGGAGGAAUCAUGAUUAGCUGAUGGGCUGAGACAGGCACGGGUAAUCAUUACCUUGGACUGUUGAGGAUCACAGCAGCUAUGAAUGCAGCACACACACACACACACACACACACACACACACACACACACACACACAAACACACAGCUAAAGGGAAGGUUACACUUUUCUUACAGAAAAAACAAGUUUUGCACAUGUACAUUUUUUUUAUACGUGAGAUCAUGUAAUGAUAUUUCACAUGAAGGUUCACGUGAUCACAUAAUCGUGGAUUCACAUUUUCACAUUUUCACAUAUUUUUUUUAUUGAAUUUCACAGGGGAUGCGCUGCAAAUGAAAAUGAGUUGUUAGGAUAAACAGUGCUUUUAACAUAGUAUUUUCUACAUAUAUAUAUGACACACUUUGACAUACAUGAUUACAUUGUGUAUGUUUAUAUAUACAGUAAUUCUUAUUCAACAUGUCAUCACCUGGGAUUUGAACUCUCAACCUCUUGGUUCACGGCAUUCUGAUCUUCCUGCUACGCCACUAUGUCUGUGUCAAUGACUGAUUUCACAUGUAAUCCUAGUCUACACUUUCUACUUAAGUAAAGUAAAUCUCAGUUUUGUUAAAAAUACACUCAAGAAAAACUAUUAUAUACAGUUGAAGUCGGAAGUUUACAUACACCUUAGCCAAAUACAUUUAAAUUCAGUUUUUAAAAAAUCCCUGUUUUAGGUCAGUUAGGAUCACCACUUUAUUUUAAGAAUGUGAAAUGUCAGAAUAAUAGUAUAGAGAAUGAUUUAUUUCAGCUUUUAUUUAUUUCAUCACGUUCCCAGUGGGUCAGAAGUUUACAUACACUCAAUUAGUAUUUUAUAGCAUUGUCUUUAAAUUGUUUGACCUGGAAACGUUUCGGGUAGCCUUCCACAAGCUUCCCACAAUUAGUUGGGUGAAUUUUGGCCCGUUCCUCCUGUCAGAGCUGGUGUAACUGAGUCAGGUUUGUAGCCCUCCUUGCUCGCACACACAUUUUCAGUUCUGCCCACAAAUGUUCUAUAGGAUUAAGGUCAGGGCUUCGUGAUGGCCACUCCAAUACCUUGAAUUUGUUGUCCUUAAGCCAUUUUGCCACAACUUUAGAAGUAUGCUUGGGGUCAUUGUCCAUUUGGAAGACCCAUUUGCGACCAAGCUUUAACUUCCUGAUUGAUGUCUUGAGAUGUUGCUUCAAUAUAUCCACAAUUUUCCUUCCUCAUGAUGCCAUCUAUUUUGUGAAGUGCACCAGUCCCUCCUGCAGCAAAGCACCCCCACAGCAUGAUGCUGCCACCCCCGUGCUUCACGGUUGAGUUGGUGUUCUUUGGCUUGCAAGCCUUCCCCUUUUUCCUCCAAACAUAACCAUGGUCAUUAUGGCAAAACAGUUAUAUUGUUGUUUCAUCAGACCAGAGGACAUUUAUCCAAAAAGUAUGAUCUUUGUCCCCAUGUGCAGUUGCAAACCGUAGUCUGGCUUUUUAAUGGCGGUUUUGGAGCAGUGGCUUCUUCCUUGCUGAGCGCCCUUUCAGGUUAUGUCGAUAUAGGACUGUUUUACUGUGGAUAUAGAUACUUUUGUACCUGUUUCCUCCAGCAUCUUCACAAGGUCCUUUGCUGUUGUUCUGGGAUUGAUUUUCGCUUUUCGCACCAAAGUACGUUAAUCUCUAGGAGACAGAACACGUCUCCUUCCUGAGCAGUAUGAUGGCUGCGUGGUCCCAUGGUGUUUAUACUUGCGUACUAUUGUUUGUACAGAUGAACGUGGUACAUUCAGGCAUUUGGAAAUUGCUCCCAAGGAUGAACCAGACUUGUGGAGGUCUACACAUUUUUUUGGAUUUUCCCAUGAUGUCAAGCAAAGAGGCACUGAGUUUGAAGGUACAGUGCAAGUAUUCAUCCCUCUUGGCAUUUUUCCUAUUUUGUUGCAUUACAACCUGUAAAUUAAAUGGAUUUUUAUUUGGAUUUCAUGAAAUGGACAUACACAAAAUAGUCCAAAUUGGUGAAGUGAAAUGAAAAAAAUAAAUGGUUUCAAAAAAGUCUAAAAAAUAAAUAACGGAAAAGUGGUGCGUGCAUAUGUAUUCACCCCCUUUGCUAUGAAGCCCCUAAAUAAGAUCUGGUGCAACCAAUGACCUUCAGAAGUCACAUAACUAGUUAAAUAAAGUCCACCUUUGUGCAAUCUAAGUGUUCUAACAUGUUCUGAAAGGCCCCAGAGUCUGCAACACCACUAAGCAAGGGGCACCACCAAGCAAGCGGCACCAUGAAGACCAAGGAGUUAUCCAAACAGGUCAGGGACAAAGUUGUGGAGAAGUACAGAUCAGGGUUGGGUUAUAAAAAAAUAUACGAAACUUUGAACAUCCCACGGAGCACCAUUAAAUCCAUUAUUAAAAAAUGGAACGAAUAUGGCACCACAACAAACCUGCCAAGAGAGGGCCGCCCAUCAAAACUCACGGACCAGGCAAGGAGGGCAUUAAUCAGAGAGGCAACAAAGAUACCAAAGAUAACCCUGAAGGAGCUGCAAAGCUCCACAGCGGAGAUUGGAGUAUCUGUCCAUAGGACCAUUUUAAGCCGUACACUCCACAGAGCUGGGCUUUAUGGAAGAGUGGCCAGAAAAAAGCCAUUGCUUAAAGAAAAAAUUAAGCAAACAAGUUUGGUGUUCGCCAAAAGGCAUGUGGGAGACUCCCCAAACAUAUGGAAGAAGGUACUCUGGUCAGAUGAGACUAAAAGCUUUUUGGCCAUCAAGAAAAACGCUAUGUCUGGCGCAAACCCAACACCUCUCAUCACCCCGAGAACACCAUCCCCGCAAUGAAGCAUGGUGGUGGCAGCAUCAUGCUGUGGGGAUGUUUUUCAUCGGCAGGUACUGGGAAACUGGUCAGAAUUGAAGGAAUGAUGGAUGGCGCUAAAUACAGGGAAAUUCUUGAGGGAAACCUGUUUCAGUCUUUCAGAGAUUUGAGACUGGGACGGAGGUUCACCUUCCAGCAGGACAAUGACCCUAAGCAUACUGCUAAAGCAACACUUGAGUGGUUUAAGGGGAAACAUUUAAAUGUCUUGGAAUGGCCUAGUCAAAGCCCAGACCUCAAUCCAAUUGAGAAUCUGUGGUAUGACUUAAAGAUUGCUGUACACCAGCGGAACCCAUCCAACUUGAAGGAGCUGGAACAGUUUUGGCUUGAAGAAUGGGCAAAGAUCCCAGUGGCUAGAUGUGCCAAGCUUAUAGAGACAUACCCCAAGAGACUUGCAGCUGUAAUUGCUGCAAAAGGUGUCUCUACAAAGUAUUGACUUUGGGGGGGUGAAAAUAGUUAUGCACGCUCAAGUUUUUUAUUUAUUUCUUGUUUGUUUCACACACAAAAAAUAUUUUGCAUCUUCAAAGUGGUAGGCAUGUUGUGUAAAUCAAAUGAUACAAACCCCAAAAAAAUCAAUUUUAAUUCCAGGUUGUAAGGCAACAAAAUAGGAAAAGUGCCAAGGGGGGUGAAUACUUUCGCAAGCCACUUGAUUACUAUUUACUGUCAGUGGUCCACAUUCAGUGUUUACUAAAACAGUGUUUUCCUGAUCUACGAUUGGUUCUCCCUCUCAGAGGUUGCAAACAUAGCUCCAUAUCUGUCGCACAGGGUGUGAAACCUGGGCCCAUUGACAAGAUGGUUAUAUCCAAGCCUACACCAAAACGCAUGGCAAGUGUGGUAAGCUAUGAAGUUGCUGUAAUUUAUUGUUUAAGAUCUCAUCAUUUCUGUCUAUUAAUUUACUGAUCCUGUAUUUAUAUGUUGUACACUAUAGAAGCACACUGUACACAGGAAUUGUUUGACUGUUGCCGGAUCUCUCUGUGCUGAAGGUGGAAGAGACCUACAGGCAUUUCCACAUGCUGGACAAACUGCUGGGGAAAACCAUGGGCAUGACUGUUGACAGGCCUCGAGUGGACUUCCGGGUUGGUGCAGAAGGGGAGUGUCCUAUCUUACCAGCAGCCGAAGCUUACUACUAAGCACAUUAAACUCCAGCAAGAUGCUCCACCAAAUCCAACCCUACCUCUCGUCGACUACCAGCUUGGCCGAGCGCAGUGCAUGAUUGUUUCCCAUGGAGUGGCCACCUUUUGGGAUUGGUUGAAAUAAAGUGCUCCAACGUAAAAAAAAAUAUGUUGAUAUAAAUAUCUGCAAAUGCAACACAGCACUUUUACCCUACGGAGGAGCCAUGCGUACUAUUGGCAGGUGCAGAGCACGCUACUCAUGACUGGGCUAGAGUGGUGUGACUGUUGUCUAUGCCCAGGAAGAUGUGCUUGUGCAGCGACUGCACCUUGAACCCGAGGUCACAGGGGUGAUCAGAGAGAAGGCAGGCUCCUAG